AGGGAGGAGGAGUAGGGGGGGACAAUGGUGCUGAACCUGCUGAUAUUGCUGCUUGCUGAGUUGCACUUUGCUGCUGCUCUUUCCAAUAGGACCGCAGCCUCCAGCUUGGUGGAUUCACCUGCUUCUUCUUCUCCUAAGCAUCACCAGGAUCAUCAGAGGAGGAGCGGCAUCGUGCAGAACAUUGACCAGAUCUACGCGGCUGGGGGCAAGGUGGGCUACAUCCUUUAUGCCGACGGCAAGAAGUUCAUCCUGGACUUGGAAAAGGACGACCUCCUGCUGUCCCCCCACUUCAGCACCAGGUACCUGGGACGCCUGCAUCCUCAGCAUCGCUUCCACAAGCACUGUUUCUACAGGGGGACAGUGGACAACAGCCCCCAGUCCUUGGCUGUCUUCAACCUGUGCGGGGGGCUGGAUGGAUUCUUUGCGGUCAAGCAUGCCCAUUAUACUAUUAAGCCCCUGAUCAAGGGGCAGGCUGGUGUGGGGCAGGUGUACAGAGAUGCCUCCGAGAGGAUUCUGCAUGUCUUCAUCAAGGAUCGCUUUAGCUUUGAGAUGGUACCCAGCAGAGCUAGCUGCGAGACUCAUGGCAAGCAUCUCCAUAGACAUGGAGGCAAGGGCAUGGUCAGGUGGGGGGGCACUGCUAGAGCCAACCAGACCUCUGAUGGGGCACUGCUGAAGAGCCGGAGAAAGAGGUCCAUUUCCAAGUCCAGGUAUGUGGAGCUCUUGCUGGUGGCUGAUGAGUCCAUGUCCAAGAAGUAUGGGAAGGACCUCCACCACUACCUGCUGACCUUGGCAUCCAUCGCUUCCAGGCUCUACAGUCAUCCCAGCAUUGAGAACCACAUUAGAUUGGCAGUGGUGAAGGUGGUGAUGAUCACUGACAAGGACAAGGGACCUGAGGUCAGCAAGAACGCUGCCACCUCUCUGAAGAACUUCUGCAAGUGGCAGCACCAGCACAACCAGCUGGAUGAUGAGCAUGACCAGCACUACGAUGCAGCGAUCCUCUUCACCAGAGAGGAUUUAUGUGGGCACCAUUCAUGUGAUACCCUGGGAAUGGCAGACGUGGGGACCGUAUGCUCGCCGGAGCGCAGCUGUGCGGUAAUUGAAGAUGACGGCCUCCAUGCAGCUUUCACCGUCGCUCAUGAAAUUGGACAUCUCCUUGGGCUGUCCCAUGAUGAUUCUAAAUUCUGCGAGGAGAACUUUGGCACCCUUGAAGAUAAACGUCUGAUGUCAUCCGUUCUGACGAGCAUUGAUGCCUCCAAACCAUGGUCAAAGUGCACCUCGGCCACCAUCACUGAUUUCUUGGACGACGGCCAUGGAAACUGUCUGCUAGAUCAACCGAGAAAUCAGAUUCUGGGACCAGAGGAGCUUCCCGGACAGAGUUAUGAUGCUGUUCGUCAAUGCAAACUUGCCUUUGGGCCGACAUAUACCGUGUGUCCUGGGAUGGAUGUCUGCUCACGUCUAUGGUGUGCGGUUGUUCGUCAAGGUCAGAUGGUGUGUUUAACCAAGAAGCUGCCUGCGGUAGAGGGAACACCUUGUGGAAAAGGGAGAAUAUGUCUGAAUGGGAAGUGCGUUGAUAAAACCAAAAAGAAGUUCUACUCGAUUUCCAGUCAUGGAAACUGGGGGUCCUGGGGACCAUGGGGCCAGUGUUCCCGUACAUGUGGAGGAGGAGUGCAAUUUGCUUAUCGUCACUGUAAUGAUCCUGCCCCAAGAAACAGCGGAAGAUACUGCACAGGGAAGCGUGCAAUCAACCGGUCGUGCAAUGUUAAUUCUUGUCCAUCUAAUGCUAAAUCAUUCCGGCAGCAGCAGUGUGAAGCCAGGAACGGUUAUCAGACCGAUGCAAAAGGUGUGAAAACAUAUGUUGAGUGGGUUCCUAAGUACGCAGGAAUACAGGCGGGAGAUGUCUGCAAACUUAUAUGUCAAGCCAAAGGAACUGGAUAUUAUGUUGUCUUUUCCCAAAAGGUUACCGAUGGCACUGAAUGUAGGCCUUAUAGCCAUUCUGUCUGUGUUAAAGGGAAAUGUAUACGUACUGGAUGUGAUGGAAUUAUAGGGUCCAAGCUGCAAUUUGACAAAUGUGGAGUGUGCGGAGGAGACAAUUCCAGCUGUACUAAAGUAAUGGGCACCUUUACAACAAAGAGCAAAGGCUACACGGAUAUUGUAAAGAUCCCAGAGGGAGCUACCCACAUCAAAGUGAAACAAUACAAGGCCAAAGAUCAGACCAAGUUUACAGCUUACAUGGCAUUAAAAAAGAAGACAGGAGAGUAUAUCAUCAAUGGGAAAUACAUGAUCUCUACUUCUGAGACCAUCAUGGAAACUAAUGGUUUUGCCAUGAACUAUAGUGGUUGGAGCCAUGUCGAGGAUUCCUUCCAUAGUAUGGGCCAUUCAGCCACCAAGGAGGUGAUCAUCGUACAGAUUCUAGCUACUGAUGUCAGUAAACCAAUAGAUGUACGUUACAGCUUCUUUGUACCAGCCAAACAAAGUACCACCACAAACACCAUAAACAAUAAUGUUGUUCCCCAGAGUAACCAACCACAGUGGGUGACCGGCCCAUGGCUUUCCUGCUCUAGAACAUGUGACACAGGCUGGCACACCAGAACUGUCCAAUGCCAAGAUGGACAAGGAAAGCUGGCAAAGGGAUGUCUACUUUCUCAAAGACCAUCGGCAUUUAAGCAAUGCUUACUCAAGAAGUGUUAACCAAAGGAUAAACUUUGUCUUCAAUGACACAGUUCUAACUACUGUGUAUAAGUAGAUCUAGCAAGACAGAUGUUAAGGUUUAGUUAAGGUUUUGUAUGGGCUGUCCCGAAACAAUGUAAGGGCUCUAUGGAAUACGGGCCUCAAAGGGAGAUAUCCUUUAAGACAAAUAAACUCGGGCUGUCCAGCAAACCUCGAAAGUCAGCGUAGAACCUCAGCAAGUAGGUGAUGGUUUGGAAACAGGUUUUGUUCAUGUCACAUCGACAUCACCUACCUCUAGAGAAGAAAGCCUUCAAGAACAUCUGCUAACGUAUACUUUUGGAUGGCAUGUAGGUUAUAUUUGUGGUGUUUUGUAAAUACUUGUCAAUUGGUGUGUCACUUUACAUGUCACUUGCUUCUUCUGUUAAGCAGAGUGAUUGACCAAAGUAGAUCUGUAGCUGAGUUAACUAUUGCCAUUUGUUUCAGAAAACAGCUGCAGGUUUUUACUGGAAAAACAGAGCUUGCUGCUCUUCAUUAGCCCAAUGUUUUUGUUUUUACCCUUCUGGUUUUUUGAGUUUUUGCCGACCAGCUUGUGUUAUCUUUAGACAUUUGUUUACAAAUUGUAACAACCAAUCGAAAUGAAAGGUACAGGCAUCGGUUUUAGUUUAAAAAACAAAACAAAUGUAAAGGGCAUCGACGUUUUAAUUUCCAAAACAGAAGCGAUCAAACGAGUGUUAGGCAAUAUGACAUUCUCUCUGUCUGGACACAUUAUUUUUUUAUUAUUUCAAAAGGUUAUUUUUCUGUGUAAAUAUGGCUAGAGGAAAUAAAAAAAAAAAAUACUUUGAGAGCUCAGGUGCUCAAGGUAGUGUAUAUAAUUUUUAGAGGUAAUCUUAUAUACCUUUAUCGAAAAGACAGUCCUAUAUUAUUAUAGGUUAUUGUAUUAUGAACAGGGCUUGCUGGUCACAGUCAACAGCUGCCUGAUCUAUUCUAUAUAAAAAGGCUGUACAAUCAAUAGAAACAAAGUCUCCAUGAAAACAAAGCAGUUUCUCUGUGUAAUAUAUUUCUUCAUGUACUGAGCUUAAAACUAAUAUAAGGUGCUAUCAGCUACUUGGAGACAUAUAUUUUCAGUGAAUAGCUUUUUUUUUUAAAUUGAAUAGAUAAAGAGUGAUGUGCAAAGGGCAAUCAACAACAGAAACAGUUUAGCAAUUGAUCUGCUUUAAACUGAUUCAAUCUGGUUGCAAAACUGUGCACAUCAAUGACCAUUGUAUUGCCUUAUUUAAUUAAAAUGUAUCUAUGGGUAAAAUCAAAAAUGACAUAUAUGAUGUAGUCUGUCAGUAGCAUCAAUACAACGGUUAUUCAUUUUCUGAGUACCUGGUAAUGUGUUUCUUAAUACCCGUUGCUCCUGCAAGUGGAUCUGUUUUUUUUUUUCUCUUCUUGUAACAAAUCAAGAUGUCCAGCAAAAGUGGCAGUUUUUUUUCCCCGGGUAUCGCUAUGACCCUCGAGGCCGAAAGUGAUUUCAUGACAUCACUUCCAGCACUUUUAUUACUGAAAAGCCUGAGAUUUUUUUCUUUCCUUUAUCUCAGGCUUUCCACCAUAGAGGAGAGAUGUGGCGACUUAUAGACCCCAUAUCU